GGCUUUGUCGACACUUCCGAUGACGCCGUUUUGCUGGUCGAGGCUGUCCACCGCAACAUGAUUCCCCGGCUUCAAGCAAGACUUACAGCCGAGCAGCGGGCGGCCACUCGAUCGGGCUCGGUGUACAUAUUCGACGAAGAGGAGGCCGGGAUCAAGCGAUGGACCGACCAAUACAACUGGAGUCCGAGCCGAAUUCAUCACUCUACCUUCCUCAUAUACCGCGAGCUCGAAAAGAUACCUGGCGGAGAGCUCGCCAUGCAGGAUGAGGUCAAGGAGGAAUCGACUGCUCUGGCCAACAACCCCAGCAUUAGCAGUUCCUCAACGCCCAACACUGCCUAUGCCGAGUCCGAUUCGAGGCUCGCACAGCCUGCGUUUACCGCUCAGCUCAAAAACAACAUGCAGCUCAAGCCCAAUGGACUCGUCAAAAAGACAUUCUCCAUCAAGGUGUACGGCCGACAGUUCCACCUUGUCUCAUACUACUACGUCGAUGAUGUCCAGAGUAACCUGCUGCAAGCACCCUCGCAGUUCCCCGAGCUAGCCACCAUCACCCCGACCGAUGAGAUCAAGGACCAG